AUGGUUCCAUCGCCGAUGUUUAUCCCCGACGUUCUCAUCGGCGAGAUCUUCUCCGCUCUUCCCGUGAAAUCAUUUCUUCUAUUCAAAUGCGUUAGCAAGUAUUGCGAUAACCUUGUUUCCGAUCUCGAUUUUGUAAAAUUUCAUCUCAAGAGAUCACCAACCGUAAAUUCGCAUUUCAUACUAAAGAUCGAUCACAACAUAAAAAUCUUAUAUGAGUCCCCCUAUGGCAAUGACGAUGAAUAUGACGUGGAUGAAGCUUUCAUUCCCUACUCUGUGAGUAGUUUGAUCAAGAAUCCCUCUUUCUCCGUUGAAGUCGAUCCUUACUACAUGGUGAAAAACUACGAAUACCGUUUAGUUGGUUCCUGCAAUGGAUUGGUUGAAUUGGAACAUGAUGUUGGACGAAUUGGUUGA